AUGGCGAAAGACGCGCCGGCCUGGAAUUCUCACCGAACCUACGGAUCGUUGAGGUUGUCCUGGCUAGUUAGAGGCUACAAACUCCUCGGUCGAAGAUGUCUGGCUGGGGCUCCAGGUCAGGAGCAUGAAACCGGCAUCGGCCUCGAAUUUUGUAAAAUUCCAAAAACCGGCUCAACGAUCGUGGGCAACAUUCUAUGCGAUGUGAUUCGAGAAUACCAUGGGAUCACCUACGCGCAGAAUAUCUCCGACAGGCUGGAUGGGGAAUUCCCCUGCUUUGCCCACAACACCUUCAAAAGAUUCAAUAACGGCGUGGCAAAAUGGAAACUGCAGAAAAAGAUAAAAUUCGCCGUCGUCCGAGACCCCAUCGAUCGUUUUGUAUCGAUGCUCUUACGAAAAUGCCAAGGCCGCGACAUUCACGAAUUUGCCGAGAAGGUGCACGACGCACUAAUGCAUCGAAUCUCAUUUGUGAAUCGUGAUCCCGAUAUCAAACUGCAUGUUCUGCCUCAAGCCGAUUUCUGUGAUCUGGGCAGCAACCUGGAGCAGUACGAGGUCAUCUACUGGUCUGAGGAUCGUCUGAAAAUGAAGAAACAAUUUGAGGGACUAUUUGAAAAGGCGGGAGUACCAAAGGAAAUUGUCGCAAAGGUGUUACGGCAUUUGACCGAGUCAAGCACGUCGCAUGCGCAGAGGGACAACGACCGAAAAUCGAG